CCUCGACAUGCGUUCUCAGUUUUAGGCCAAACAAUUCAGCCUCUGUCGCGGAACAUAUCUUUUUGUGUAGCCUUUCUCUCUCGUUUACACUUCCUAUAAGGCUCGACCCCUCUGUCCUUCGCUCAUAAUGGAUGCUCUUGUCUCCCGGCACACCAAAGAGCUGCGCGACCUACAAUCUCGCAUCGCGCAGAAGAAGAAAAACGCCUCCAAGAAGACCCGCAAAGGCGUGACCGAUGAGUGCAAUCGUCUAGAAGGCGAACUACAAGACCGCCAUGCCCGCGAACUCGCAGAAUUGAACGGCGAUCCUACCCCAUCCGAGACCGCCGACGUCGCGGAAGAAGAUAUCCUAGACAAUAAUACGCCUACCGAACCCAACACUACACAACCCCCAUCGCAAAAUGGUGUGUAUAAAUCUGACCUCGCCACCGAUCCCACCGCCUCCCUAACAUCCUCUCUCGCCAACACCACCCUCGAUCCCAACCCACCUUCCACAUCCGAACCCCAACCCCGCAAACGCAACCGGCAAAAAGAACGCCUUGCUCGACGGGCUGCGGAGCGCGACGAGGUCGCCGCACAAGCCGCGGAAGAAGCGGCGUCAAUGCCGGACCUGCGGGAAAAGGAGCGGACGGCGAUGCUGGCGGAGACGCGGAGGCGGGGGUUGGUGGAGCGGGAGGUGAGGGCGGAUGGACAUUGUUUGUAUGCAGCGGUGGCGGAUCAGUUAGGGGAGCGGGGGUUGCGGCCGAAGAUUGAGGUUGCCGUGGUGAACGAUGGGGAGGAAGGGAAGGGGGGGUAUAAGGUGGUGAGAGAGGUGGCGGGGGAGUAUAUCGAAAGUCAUAAAGAGGACUUUGAGGCGUUUUUGGAGGAGCCGUUGGUGGAUUAUGUCCGGAAGGUGAAAGAGACGGGGGAGUGGGGGGGCCAUUUGGAGUUGAUGGCGUUGGCGAGGGCGUAUGGGGUCACCAUCCAUGUGGUACAAGGGAAUGGAAGGGUGGAGAGCAUAGAGUCGGGGCGACAGAAAGAGAAUGGGGCAGAAAAGGACGAUAUCUGGCUGGCAUACUAUCGCCAUGGUUUCGGCUUGGGUGAGCAUUACAACUCGCUGAGGAAAUCGGAGGGAUGAAUCAAGGGACGGAAGUGAAAAAGCAAGGAAGACUGCACUGUCUGUCCAUCAAAAUUAUAUGGCGGGGGAGGUGCUGACGGAGAAACCUGGACUCAGCCUGCUGGCAGAGGAUGAUUUCCACAUCUCACUCCUCAAAUCUGACAGACCGCUCUGGUGGAGAUAUCAUGGUAUCUCGGGAGCAGUUCUCCGACGACCUUGUGCUAAAUGUCCCAAGCUGCAUGGCAGAGAGCAACCAUCUUGAAAGCAGCCAUACGUGGACGCCAUACUGCAUGGUCUGGAGUGUGCUUAGUCGGUCAAUGGUGUCGGAGCACCUUCAGGAUACCCGUAUAGUCCAUGGUACCGAGCCAACGAGGCCCACGAAUUGGCGCAAUCAUGCUCUCCAGUCAUCAUCAGACUACCGGCAAUUAUCAGCAAAGCUAGUUUCGAGCAAUCGACUAUGAUGCUUCACGGUUGGGGCCGAGUCGAAGCACCCGGUCUGAAUGGGUAACCCAUAAC